AUAUGUAAAGUAAAUUUCGAGCUCCUGCGAGACGCGUGAAUGCACGUGAAUUGCUGCGUGAUUGCGCGCGCUUUAGACCUGAUCAGAACAUAGACAAUUGGGGAUUUUUUUUGACGCAUGCAGGACAAUCAUGAACAUCUACAAUAAAAGUGUUGGAGGUGUUGUGUCUGAGAGCCGUGCAGACUCGGAGACACCGGCUAAGUUACUGCUGGGUAUUGGGACUGAUAACCUGGUGACGCUGCUGGUGUUCGGGCUGAUUUUUGCGCUCGGCGUGGUGGGAAACGCGCUCGUGAUCGCGGUACUGGUGCGGCGCAGAGCAGGUCAGCGACGCAGCACCACCAACAUCUUCAUCUUGAACCUGGCCGUGGCUGACCUGUCCUACCUGCUCUUCUGUGUGCCUUUCCAAUCCACUGUGUACAUGCUCCCCAUGUGGGUGCUCGGCGCGUUCAUCUGCAAGUUCGUGCACUACUUCUUCACCGUGUCCAUGCUGGUGAGCGUGUUCACGCUGUCCGCGAUGUCCGUGGACCGCUACGUGGCCAUCGUGCACAGCCGGAAAUCAUCGUCCAUCCGUGUGGCGAGGCACGCGCUGCUCGGCGUGUUGGGCAUCUGGGCGCUCUCGCUGGCCAUGGCCCUGCCGGUCGCGUACCACCAGCGCAUCGUGGAGACCGAGGACAACAGCACGUUCUGCUGGGAAGUCUGGGCUGAUCCCAGGAAGAGGAAAAUCUACGUGGUGUGCACGUUUGUCUUCGGCUACCUGCUACCCCUGAUCCUUAUUUCUUUCUGCUACGCAAAGGUACUGAACCAUUUACACAAAAAUCUGCGAAACAUAUCGAAGAAAUCUGAGGCUUCAAAAAAGAAGACUGCACAGACCGUUCUGGUGGUGGUAGUGGUCUUCUGCUUGUCCUGGCUGCCCCAUCACGUAGUGCACCUGUGGGUGGAGUUUGGUUCGUUCCCCCUGAACCAGGCGUCCUUCCUUUUCCGUGUUGUGGCUCACUGUCUGGCCUACAGCAACUCCUCGGUCAACCCCAUUAUCUAUGCGUUUCUCUCUGAGAACUUCAGGCAAGCCUAUAAGCAGGUGUUCCAGUGCCAGGUGGCCAGCGAAUGUCCAACACAGGAUGCCCGAGAAAUGAGGAACAAAAUGGAGAAGGUUCCUCCUACUAACUGCACUACAGUUUAACUUGCCCCACCCUCUGACUUCACUUUGUUUUGCUCAGUUUAGUGCUGGAGAGCUUCAGGGACAAGUAGCAGGUCUAGCGGACAAACUGUAGUCUUUUUUUUUUUUUUGUCCUGUGAUCGAGCAUGCGCUAACAUUUAAAGCGGCUUUUGCAGUAUUUAGGUCAUUAUUAGAACCUAUUAUGAAUAUUGCAGGGAGAAAAUUAUAUUCAAUAAUUUACGUGAGUGCUGUGAAUUCCAUUCUGUCUCUCAGUCUGAACUUAUCGAUGCCUUUAGAGAGUCGGACAUUUCAGCUUGUUUACUGUGUAAUUAGUCUGUGUAGAGAACUUUCAAUAGCAUUACUCAUGUCACUACAUUUGCUUCACCCAUCAUCUGAUCCGAAGAGGAAGACCGAAAACGGACCAUGAACCAUGUAUGAGCCUGAUCUUCAAGCAUCAGCAUGAGAGAUAAACAAAUUUCUGAACAGAUAAAUGUGGCUUUGCUGUUAGAAGUCUGGAAAUACAACAAAAAUAGAAAUAAAUUAAUUUGAUGAAUGUUACAUACGAAAAGGAGGGGAAAAAACACAGACAAGGACAACCUUACGACCUUGGAUGAUUCAAUGUAAUUCGUAUGCAUUCACAGACACAGUGACGCACAUGCAGACUUGUUUUGGGCUGGUUUAUACAAUCUCUGCUUCCACAAAACCAGAUGUGCCCAAUCUCAUACCACUGUCUGAUCUCUCUCCAUCUGAACUCACUUCAUGUUCUCACAUUUUUGAAGCUUUAUUUGUAAGAGUGUAGCAGUGCCAACUUGUUUAUUCAUUUAUAGCUCUGUGUCUGCUGCCAAGUUAUUGUUCUACAGGAACAUCAGUAAAU